AUGGUGUAUCCAGGGAGAAAAAGCUCAGGCUGUUUACUAUGUAGAGAGCGAAAGAUUAAGUGUGACGAGAGGCAGCCAGGUUGUCGUCGCUGCGAAACGUACCGUACCCCCUGUCCUGGCUACAAAAGACCACUGGAGGUGCGCCCCUACUUCGCCCCGGGCAAUGCGAUACAUGUCGAGGGAUCGGAACCCACAGCUUUGCGUAUGCAAUCAAUUGCAGAUGUGAUCGGGAACUCACCAUUAAGUCCAUCAUCGACUGGAAAACUAAAUUUCCUGCAAGAUGAGAGUUUGAUGAACUAUUUUCUUACGCAGUACAGUGUUCCUUGUCGCCCGGGUAUUUACUCGGGUCACCUAGAAUUCCUCCCUGACCUCCUUGCAUCGUCAUCCCCGACCUCCCCGCUGUGGCCAGCCACAUGUGCUUUAGCCAAUCUAGUUCUUUCUCGGCGUUACAAAUCACCAGACCUCUACGAAAGGGCGCGCAAGUCUUAUGGCUGUGCCCUCUGGUCUUUGAAUGAUAAUCUUUCUCAAGUCCCCGACACGUGGCAAGAUGACACCGUCGCAGCUAUCAUGUUGCUGCAUCAAAUUGAGGUAUCUCGCCAGCAGCUACAUAAACUCUACUUACACUAA